CACCGAGCGUCCGCAGCCCGCGGGGCGCCGGCCUUCUCGGAGCCUGGGGCGGGCCGCGAUGCGAGCGGCGGCGCGGUGAAGCGGGGCCGCGGCGGGGGAAGGAGAGGGCAGCCCCCCGGGCGGCGGGCCUGCGCUAGCCGUGCCCCGGCGGCAGCGGAGAGAAGCCGGGCUGCGCGGCGUCCUGCUGCCGCCUCCUCCCGCCCGCCCUGCGCUCACCCCCUCCCCCCCGGAGCCGCUCCCUCACCGCCUCCCUUUCCCCGGCUCCAUCCCUUCCUUCGGCUCCAUCCCCUCCCCGCUGGAUGAGGCGGCCCCCUGCCCGCUGCUGACCCCUGCGGACCCCGGCUGUAGGAUGAGCCCGAAGGACUCGGAGGGGGCGAGGCCGCUCCGCUCCCUGAGGAGGAUCUAGUGGGGGGGCACCGACGCGACGCCGCCCCCCGCCAGGCACCUCGUCCUUCAUGGUGGCUUCCUACGACCACCAUCUCGGAGCAGACGCGCAGCCCGGGGCCCGUGUGUGUGUCUGUGCGCGCCGCCGCCGCGGCCGCCCGAGUGAGGGAAAAUGUCCACUCGGACUCCAUUGCCCACGGUGAACGAGCGCGACACCGAGAAUGAUGUCGGCUCAUCAUUGGGGGAAGGCUUUUGCGAAAAGCACACGUCCCAUGGAGAUGGACGGCAGGAAGUUUCCUCUCGAACUGGGCGCUCUGGAGCUCGCUGCAGGAACUCCAUAGCCUCCUGUGCUGAUGAGCAGCCACAUAUUGGAAAUUACAGACUCCUUAAAACCAUUGGAAAGGGGAAUUUUGCAAAAGUGAAGCUGGCAAGGCACAUCCUAACUGGCAGAGAGGUUGCCAUAAAAAUAAUUGACAAAACACAGCUGAACCCAACUAGUCUACAAAAGCUCUUUAGAGAAGUAAGAAUAAUGAAGAUCUUAAAUCAUCCAAAUAUAGUGAAGCUAUUUGAAGUCAUUGAAACUGAAAAAACUCUCUAUUUAAUAAUGGAAUAUGCAAGUGGGGGGGAGGUGUUUGACUAUCUGGUUGCACAUGGAAGAAUGAAGGAAAAGGAGGCUAGAGCUAAAUUUAGACAGAUAGUAUCUGCAGUGCAGUAUUGCCAUCAAAAGCAUAUUGUUCAUAGAGAUCUCAAGGCUGAAAAUCUAUUGCUAGAUGCAGAUAUGAACAUUAAAAUAGCUGACUUUGGUUUUAGCAAUGAGUUUACAGUUGGAAAUAAACUGGACACCUUUUGUGGCAGCCCACCAUAUGCUGCUCCAGAGCUCUUUCAAGGGAAGAAAUAUGAUGGACCUGAAGUAGAUGUUUGGAGUUUAGGUGUUAUUCUUUAUACUCUCGUGAGUGGAUCUCUUCCCUUCGAUGGACAGAACUUAAAGGAACUUAGAGAAAGAGUGCUAAGGGGAAAAUACAGGAUUCCUUUCUACAUGUCCACAGACUGUGAAAACCUCCUCAAACGUUUCCUGGUGCUAAACCCAACAAAAAGAGGCACUCUAGAGCAAAUUAUGAAGGACAGGUGGAUCAAUGCAGGGCAUGAGGAGGAUGAACUUAAACCUUUUGUUGAACCAGAACUAGACAUCUCGGACCAGAAAAGAAUAGAUAUUAUGGUAGGAAUGGGAUAUUCUCAAGAAGAAAUUCAAGAAUCCCUUAGUAAAAUGAAGUAUGAUGAAAUCACAGCUACAUACUUACUGCUAGGAAGGAAGUCAUCAGAGUUGGAUGCAAGUGAUUCAAGCUCCAGCAGCAAUCUUUCACUUGCCAAAGUUAGGCCAAGUAGUGAUCUUAAUAAUAGCACUGGACAAUCUCCUCAUCACAAAGUUCAGAGAAGCAUAUCUUCCAGCCAGAAGCAGCGGCGGUACAGUGAUCACGCUGGACCAUCCAUCCCCUCAGUAGUGGCAUAUCCUAAAAGAAGCCAGACUAGUACUACAGACAGUGACCUCAAAGAGGAAGGAAUUCAGUCAAGAAAAUCCAGCAGUAGUGCUGUUGCAGGAAGAGGAAUUGCACCAGCUAGCCCAAUGCUUGGGAAUGCCAGCAAUCCAAAUAAGGCUGAUAUUCCUGAACGUAAGAAAAGUUCAGCUGUCCCUAGUAAUAAUACUACCCCUGGAGCAAUGACGCGGCGCAACACAUAUGUUUGUAGUGAAAGAACCACUGCUGAUAGGCAUUCAGUGAUACAAAAUGGCAAGGAGAACAGCCUGACAGAAAUGUUCGCUUACGCAGCUAGCCCUGCUUCAGUUUGUACCACAUCCUUCUCCAGUGUUCGGCUGCGACAUCAGAAGUCGAUGUCCAUGUCAGCCUCUGUGCACACGAAGAUGAUGUUGCCUCCAAUAGACAAUGGCGCAGAUAACUUCAGGCCUAUCGCUAUUCCCGAUCAGAGAACUCCCGUUGCUUCCACCCACAGCAUUAGCAGUGCGACCACCCCUGACCGUGUUCGUUUCCCCAGAGGGACGGCCAGCCGCAGCACGUUCCACGGGCAGCUGCGCGAGCGCCGCACCGCCACCUACAACGGCCCGCCCGCCUCGCCCAGCCUGUCCCACGAGGCCACGCCGCUCUCGCAGACCCGCGCCCGCGGCUCCACCAACCUCUUCAGCAAACUCACUUCCAAGCUCACCAGAAGAAACAUGUCAUUCAGGUUUAUCAAAAGGCUCCCGACUGAAUAUGAGAGGAACGGGAGAUUUGAGGGCUCAAGCCGCAAUGUAGCUGUGGAUCAGAAGGACGAGAACAAGGAAGCCAAGCCUCGGUCGCUGCGUUUUACGUGGAGCAUGAAAACCACCAGCUCCAUGGAUCCCAAUGACAUGAUGAGGGAAAUCCGAAAGGUCCUGGAUGCCAAUAAUUGUGACUAUGAACAAAGAGAGCGUUUCUUGCUUUUCUGUGUCCAUGGAGAUGGGCACGCAGAAAACCUCGUACAGUGGGAGAUGGAGGUGUGUAAACUGCCAAGACUGUCCCUGAACGGAGUUCGCUUUAAGCGGAUAUCGGGAACAUCCAUAGCUUUCAAAAACAUUGCUUCCAAAAUUGCCAAUGAGUUAAAGCUGUAACAAGAAAAAAUAGUUAAGUUGUAAAUUAGUUAGCAAUUUAAAGUGUUUUUGAGAAUUCCGAUGGAAAUGUAUAGAAUAACAUUUAGGCAAUAACUUCUGCAUCCUUCUGAAUAGUGAUAUUAAAAAAAAAGCUGCUGAGCUGGGAGGGAGAGUUGGACUUUUUUAUAAGUGCACUACAGCAUUAAAGUUGCCUACUAUGUAAAAUAUUACCCCUUCUGCUUUAUUUCCAUUGCUUCUAAGUCUUUGACAACAAAUUGAAACACAGAAUAUAUUCAUUUAAAUAUGCCUCCUGUUUGUGUGGAUGUGUGAAUGUACAGUAUGUGUGUAUAAUAUAUAAAGUAUUAUAUGUAAACGAUUCAUUUACAACAUCGAGCUGUACCAGUACCUCUUUUUGGGCUAAUUUUGGUGCUAAAAAUUGAAAUGGCCAAGGAGGAAACACUUGAGUUAAUAUUUAAAAUGACUGAAGCAUUAACCAGUAAGCGCAGGUUUACAGUUCACUGCUGUGUUAAGAAAAAAGUGUGUGAAGGGUUUGGAUUUAUGGUUGUGAACAUUAUUAGUCCUGUUUUCUAAGUAGAUCUCAUGAGAUGAUUAAAAAUUCACUUCUACUGAGUAA